AUGUCCAGCCAAUUAUGCACGCAGUGUCCCAACACACGGUCGAUAUGGGAGAUUGUCUAUGGUUGCGUCUUGACAGUGUUCGCGUGCACUUGGCUGGCCAUCCACCCGAACAUACCUGAUCAGAGGGAAGGGAAGGUGUUGCGAUUCAUUCGCCGGGCGGGAUUGAUGAUUAUGGCGCUGAUCGCCCCAGAGCUGGUGGUCGUGUGGGCGGCGAGACAGUGGAUUGUCGCCCGCAGGCUGGCUGAGAACUUUCGAGGGCUUCAAUGGACGCAGACCCACGGCUUCUUCGCACUUAUGGGCGGCUUCGCUUUGUGCGGCGAGAACUUCGAAGUCAUCCGGACUCUCAAUCCUGAUGAAGAUCUCGAUCACUUGGACAGUCGAAUCUUCCCUCGUAUAUCGGAGGAACAGAUUCAGGACAAGAGCAAAGCCGACUUCCUGGCGAAGGGCGUUGUCGUCAUGCAAACGGGCUGGUUCCUAGUCCAAUGUGCUGCACGUAUACAGCAGGGCUUGCCCAUAACGGAGAUAGAGAUAACCACGGCCGCUUUUGCCGUUCUCAACUUCUUCACCUACGCACUGUGGUGGAACAAGCCGCUUGGCGUCGAUUGUCCUCACCUCAUUCGUGAGGACACGUACGGCCGACCUCUUUCCGAGGGAGGUAGCGAUGCCUGGCCGGCACGCAGUGCGGAUGUGAGACCUCCGGUGGACAUCUACUCGGGUGCUUCCAGCUUUCGUCACAUCCGGCUGGGGAGCGUAAGCGCGCAGGCCAAAGAGUACGUGACGAAGAACAAGGUGGGCGAUGUGCUGGACGACAUUGUGGAUGUAAUCAUGAUCCCGCUGCGCCCCUUUUUCGCGAUGGUCACGGAAGCUGGCGGAGAAGAUGACAACUGGCAUGCGGUGCCCGUCUUCCACGCCGGGUCACUUACUUAUCGCGAGGGAAGAAAUCUCGCAUAUUUCUCCAUGCUCAUUGCCAUGACCUUCGGCGCCAUUCACUGCGCAGGAUGGACGCUAGAGUUUCCAACGGACUUAGAAAAGUGGAUGUGGCGCAUCGCAUCGCUUACAAUCACUGGCGCACCCAUCUACGGUAUGGUCGUCAUCACCAUCUAUCGAUGGUCGGGCGCACCAGAUUGGUUGGACAGUGUUCACAAGUUUACGUGCAUCUUCGGUUGCGUGAUUACUGAGGCCCCACGCGCUCCUAUCGGUCUCCUGGACUAA